CGCCCUUUCAUAAGGGUAACGGAGAACUGGGAAGCGGACAGUGCUGUCCAAUACUAGUGUAGAUUUUACAAGCGUGCCAAAACCGCUGAGUAAACUUGCGAGAUUCCGGCCGUCUUCUGCCCCUCAGCACCAAAUUUAAGCCGCGAGCCCCGCCCUGCCCGCUUCACAUCACCGGCGCCUCAUCCGUGAACCAAACUGCAUCUGAGAGAAGAAGGAGAUCCGAAUUUUGACAGAAGUGUGUGGAAAUCAAUCAAGAUGAAGGCCUACCUCUACGACAACCUCCCCGGCGACCAGCGGCUGCCGCACGACUCGGGCACCGCGCUGACGCCGGCGGAGCUCGGCACGCUCGGCGUGCUAUACUACCAGAUCGACUCGGUGGUGGGCGUGGACGCGCUGGCGGCGGAGCGCGGGUACAAGAACCGGGACGAGAUCACGGUGUCGCCGGAGAAGAUGGGCGACGCGUACGAGGCCAAGGUGCGCAUGUUCUUCGACGAGCACCUGCACGAGGACGAGGAGAUCCGGUACGUGCGGGACGGCGCCGGCUACUUCGACGUGCGCGACCGCGCCGACCGCUGGGUGCGCAUCCGCGUCGAGAAGGACGACCUGAUCAUCCUGCCGGCCGGCAUCUACCACCGGUUCACGACCGACGAGAACAAUUACAUCCACGCGAUGCGCCUGUUCAAGGAGGAGCCCAAGUGGACGCCCCUGAACAGGUCAGAGGACCUCGACUCGAACCCGUACCGGAAGGAGUACGUUUCUCAGUACCUGUCGUAGUUUGCUGGCGGGGAAUGUGAGAAGAACAGGAGCGAAACGUCUGAUUUCAAUUUGAAAGCGUGUUUGGCUUUGGCUUUUGCGAGGAGUCAGUCUAUCGCAAUUUGCGUCUUUUUGUUUUACUGUCUUCGCUAUCCUAGAAUGCUCCAUGUUUUGACAUGCCUGCCUCGUCUUCCAAGACGUACGUACAUCCCGAUACCUCUGAAGGAACCGUCACUCCGGCUGAACGGACCAACUGCCGACACAAGCAGACUUGCG